AUGCUAAAGCUAGAAAUCCGAAUUGUGACCUCAAUCAACGACGGGACGAACUUCACUGGCUAUGUGCCAAACGAGUUUCUCGAUGCCCACGGGAUAUCGAAGGAUAACAUCCAAUCUUGGAGUGGAGAAGUUUUGAUACGCCAUCGGCCCGAGCAAUGCAUUGCUCUGAUUGAUUCUGGAGAAGCCGAUACUCUUCUGCAAGAAGCGAUCAUGACACCAUGGUGGCGGGGGCUUGUCGAGUCGAAUAAAUUACUUCUUUUGCCAACUGAAGCCUCUGCUCUAAAUAGCCUACAGAAGUCUUUGGGACUGAGCACGAACAACUUGACCGCAGGUUGUGGAACAAUCUCUCGCAUGACUUGCCGGCCUUGGACUUCUCAGAUUUGUGAUUUUGUUCGCGAUGAUUUGCCAAAGGAAGUGGCCUCUCUCCUGAUUUGGUGUUUGGUUGAGACAAUGGAGCUGCUGGAAGGGCAGUAUAACCAUCUUACGUCUGAGAGGAACUCGUUGACAUAUUCUCUUGAUCCAAAAAAGAUGGCACAGACAACAGUAACACUUCAUGACGGUACGUAUGAGGACUACUCCAAGUCUGAUAGUCACACUCGAUAUCAACCUCUAGUUAAAGCGUCAUUCUAG